CAUGUGGUCUGGUUAUUAGUUUACUAGAUGCCCACAAGAGGCGCUUUAAAAUUACUGCAUGGGUGUUUAGUGUUGUUAUUCAUGUUCGUUUUAAGGUGCGCGCUGAUAACAAAAGCAGUAUGACAAGAGUUGAGAUAACGUUUUUCUGAGAGUGACAAAAUUUGAAGAUGGAAAUCCGGAUUCGGAACAAAAUUUUCCCACGAAAGCUGUCCAAUUUGGUUGCUUUCUGGUUUCUCUUCUUAGUCAUUCCUAUCAUUUUCUGGUUUGAAAUAUUCAUCGUCCUUCCCACAAUUCACGAGCCAUGGUCUUUCGGCUAUUUAUUCCACACAAUUAUGGGAACCUUCCUUCUUGUCAACAUUACUAGCAAUUUACUUGCAGCUGUGUUAGUGGACCCUAGCAUCCGCGGACGCAUGCUUGAAGUUCCUAAUCCCCCAGACAGAUGGCAUCUUUGUGCUGUGUGCGAAUCUUUUGUUCCUCCUCGAUCGUGGCACUGCGAAGACUGCGGCACUUGCGUACUGAAGAGGGACCAUCACUGCCUGUUCACAGCGUGCUGCAUCGGCCACCACAACCACCGCUAUUUUCUGGUGUUUCUGACGCACUUGUUCAUCGCCACCUCAUACGCGACGUACUUUAAUGGCUCGUUUGUGUGGCGCUCAUGGGAAUCUUUCUCGUGGUACUCGCUGCUUAAGCUCAUUUUCCCCAUGGCCGUAUUCCUCUUUGACAGUUCGAUCAACCAAUUUUAUCUCACUCUGUAUGCCAUAAACAUCGCUGGAAUAGCGUUCGCCGGCGCCCUCCUCGGUUACCAUUUGAUGAUGAUGUACAAGGGCCAGGUAACCUACGAGAGUGCUAACAAUGUUAGAAUUUACGACUACGGCUGGAAACAGAACUUGAAAGAGAUCCUCGGUGAGAGGUGGUAUUUGACGUGGAUUUUCCCCACAUUGGAAUCAAAACUUCCACACAACGGUAUUGUGUGGCACACGAGAGAGCAGUGGAUGGCCGAAGCACAAAAACACCGAUAGGGUUAAUAUAGUAAACGACAGAACAAAGUGUUUUGGGAGUGGAUUUCCCAACUCCUUGCGUUGAACGUAUUAGUUCAAAAUACCGCUGUCCAAUUCUGUGUU